AUGCAAGAAUUCUGGUCCGAAAUCUGCUCAAGAUAUCCACCAUCGCUCGUAGAGUUCUUCUUCAUCGCAAGCAUACAACUUCUGGCUUUCUGGGUACCUGCUACUAUCUACUUAGCUAUCGACCUGUUAUUCCCAGACUUCUCCAACCGACACAAAAUUCAAUCAGAACGUCGACAGCCAACAUGGGAGCAGAUUAAGCACUGCGUUCAGUACGUCGCAAUGAACGACCUUAUCUCCAUUGGACUUCAGCUUAUCUUACGAUACAUUGUGGGCCUGCACCGAACACUAUUCAUACAGAGUUUGGCCUUCCCUUCACUCGCGACAACACUUGGAGACUUCGUCUUUGGUCUCGCCGCACGCGAGAUCAGCUUUUAUUACAUUCAUCGCUUGCUCCAUCACCCUAGCAUCUAUGCUUACGUCCACAAAAAACACCACAAGUUCACGGCACCUAUGGCUUUCUCAGCGCAGUACGCUCAUCCGUUCGAGCACAUCAUAGCCAAUGUUCUUCCCAUCUUCUUACCACUAGCGAUGAAAGGAACAAAUAUUCUGUCCUUCGGCAUGUUCCUUUCGUUCGAGCUGUGGGAAGCAGCAGCCGAUCACAGUGGCUACGAUUUCGUAAAGUUGCCGCCCGCUGCUAUCCACGAUCUCCAUCACGAAAAGUUCAGAGUGAACUACAGUACGAUUGGGAUUAUGGAUUGGAUUCAUGGAACAGAUGUCGUAGGCUGGGACAGAACAAAGAAAGCGCAAUCGCUCAGGAAGGAUCCUGUGCACGAGAACUAG